ACAGCUGCCCUUGUCUGCUGGGCUUGGUACGGACUCUCUGGAGUUUGUGUCCCGGGGCUGUGUGCUCAGACUUGACCAUGUUUGGGCAUGGAGGCUUGUCCCAGAUGGGGACCAAAGGCCGCUUUCCCAGAGAUGGGCUGGCAGCCCAAGCUUCCUGCUGCGGCUCAGGCAGCCUCUUUUGGGGUGGGGGCUGGGGGCCAGGCCCAAAGUCUCUGCCUGCUGAAGACUCCAGGCCACCAGACACUAAAUGACCACUGCCUGCCGUGGACAUGGGGAAGAAGCUGGUGAUGGCCCAGAAGCGGGGAGAGACUCGAGCCCUUUGCCUGGGUGUGGCCAUGGUGAUGUGUGCCGUCAUCGCCUACUAUAUCCUGGGCACGACCGUGCUGCCCCUCUACCAGAAAAGCGUGUGGACCCAGAAAUCCACGUGCCAUCUGAUUGAGACCAACAUCAGGGGACAGGAGGAGCUGGGGGGGAAGAAGGUGCCACAGUACCCGUGCCUUUGGGUCAAUGUGUCAGCUGUGGGCCGGUGGGCUGUGCUGUACCACACAGAGGACACUCGGGACCAGAACCAGCAGGCUGUCAGGACCGUGAAGCAACCAUCUUCUUUGCCACUGGAUGACUUCUGUCAGGGCAGGCAGCUUGGGACAGGGUCUCAUUCAAAUCCAGGGAGUAACCAAGGCCCGGGGAGAAGCUGGCUCAACACUCCACAUUUUGAUCUCGGACAUGACUGCCCCAGGCCAGUGGUCGCAAACCACCUUGCACGAAGGAGUCACUUGUUUGCUGGGCCCCACCCUCAGCAAUUCAGAUGCUCCUACAUCCCAGGCAGCCUGGAGAACUACCAAGCAGCCCGGGCUGACGUGGAGAAGGUCAGGGCCAAAUUCCACGAGAUACAGACUUUCUACUGCUUCUCAGCAACUCGGGAGAAUGAGACCACUGUCCUAUACCAGCGGCUCUAUGGGCCCCGGACCCUGCUCUUCUCUCUCUUCUGGCCCACCUUCCUGCUGACCGGAGGUCUCCUCAUUAUCGCCAUGGUGAAGAUCAAUCAGUCCCUUUCCAUCCUGGCGGCUCAGAAGUAGGCCUCUCCAUGCCGCAGGGCUGCCUGGGCCAAGGGGGACUGGGUGGGCCCCCAGGCUGCCCCUGACGUGUGUACCCCUGCUCCCUCCCCUGCCUUCUCGCUGUUCAUGCUGAUCUGUAAUAACCUCUGCUACACGGAUGGGCUUUGGGAAAUCCCUUUGUUGUGUCAUUCCUGAUUAAAAAUGUACACCGGUUCCCUGGGGCUUCCGAGAGCUCAAGGCCGGCUGGCAAGAGCUUUCCACUAUCUUUCCCUGCUCAACUGACUGAAGCCCACUUCCUGCUGCGUCACCCACCAGCCCACAGAUGGCAAGGAUGCGUCUCCACGCCCGUGUUCUCGUGGUCGGCUCAAAGGCCUACCUUUGCCAUCCUUGACAGACCUCACUCUCUUCUUUGAAUUCCAUAAUGAAAACCACAGCAGCUCCCACGUAUAGAGAACAUUAAGAAUGUGCCCGUAGGACACUAGGUGCUAUAUAUAUUUUUAUUCCAAUAUUAACAAAUAUAGGUACAAACUUCCAGUUAUAAAAUACUUAAGUCUUGGGGAUGUAAUGGACGGCACGGUGACUACAGUUAACCAAACUGUACUACAUAUUUGAAAGUGGCUAAGAGAGUAAAUCUUAAAAGUUCUCAUCCCAAGAAAAAAAAUUUGUAACUGUGUAUGGUGACAGAUGUUAACUAGACCUACUGUAGUGAUCAUUUUGCAAUAUAUAUAUAUAUAUCAAAUUAUUAUGCUAUACAGCUAAAACUACUGUAAUGUAUGUCAAUAUCUCAAUAAAAAUAUAUAUGUAUAUAUACACACACA